UUGAAAAAUCACACCAGAGGCGCGCUCACUGGACACUACUGGCCGCCGCCUGGACUCACUUUAUUUUUUCCCGCAAGAGCACACCGUUUUAAAUCAAUCCAGACAGUGAGGAGCCACCGGCACGCGCGUUCAGUAAGGAGCCCGGAGUGGAGCUCAUCAUCAUCAAUGGCGGCCGUGGCGUCGUCGCUGACCAAGUCGGCGAUGGGUGCCGAUCGUUACGGUGGGCCUUCAACUUCGUCGUCGUCGUCGUCUUCGUCGACUAGUUCCUCUGCUUCUUCCUCUGGUUCCUCCUCGUCUUGGACCGACUCGUCGUCGUCCUCAUCAGGAGCCACGACGGAAGAGGAAGAGAAAUCGUCCUCGUCGUGGAACUCGUCGUCGUCGUCGUCGGAGACGCCUAGGAAGAACAAGAAACGGGAUAACAAGGAGAGCGACAAGAAGAAGAAAAAGAAGAAGAGCAAGAGCAAGAAGAGGUUGAAGAAUCCCAAGAAUCCCAAGAAAGAAUCCAAUCAGAAGAAGAGCAAAAGCAAGUCGAUGGCCGUCAUUCCCGACCGAAAGAAGAAAAAGAAGAAGAAGCACGUCAAAUCGUUGGCGGGACGUGGUGACGAGGAGAACGGAGACGAGGUGAGCAGUAUGCUCCUGUUAGGAGCCGAGCUCCUUAAAGAGGUGGAAGAAGCGGCCGCCGCGUCGGCAUCCACCGCCGCCACCAUGGCCACCGCCACCCAAAUGGACGAAUCGAGGGGGUCGUCGACUACUUGGCCGUUUCUGCUUCCUAUCGGCCACUAUGUCACCCAAGGUGGGCCGGAGAGUAGGAGCAUUCUGUUGGACCAGGUCAUGUCGUCCGUGCCAGCGGCCCAGUGGCAGGCCAUCCUACCGCCCGUCCUCAAAGAAAUGAAUAGCGCCGAGUUGAAGCAGCUCUGCCUCCAACAAUUGCAGUUGCUGUCCGAUUCGGCAAUCCUCGACAUCAUCAACGGUGGAGGAGAUCAAGGAGCAACGGCAGGAGCUGGAAAAUUGGUUUCGUCAGAAAUGGACAUCACCACGACCGGAGACAAGGAGCGAUUGAAGAGAAAGAAAUCCAAGAAGAGCAAAAAAUCCAAGAAAAAGGCCAAGAAGAGUAAAAGGAGCGAGCGACUGGGCGUCGGCGGCGUCGCCGAAGAGAAGAAGUCGGUCGACGAAGAAUCCAGUGGGAAAACGUUGAUGGAGUUGCUGGAACUGGAGAUGCGAGCGCGAGCCAUUAAAGCCCUCCUGAAGAAGGAGGAGGAGGGCGAAGAAGACGAUGAAUGGGCCGACGACGAUGUUGCUGGUGUUUCUUUGGCGACGCUGGCCGAAAACGACGCCAUUCACCGGCCAUUGAAAGCCGCCGAAUGCGGUGACAAGUACAAACACCGGCCGCCCUCGCCCGUUCACCCUCCUUACAGCAGCAGCAGCAGCCAACAGCAGUUGAUCCAGGGAUACCAAACGGGCGAAGGUGAACCGAAUCGACGCAGCCGACGUCCGUCGUCUUCCUCAGCGGCCGCCAGACACGCCGAUGACUACGAGGUGUUGCGUAAAUCCCAGCAGCCUCGACACUACCGCCACCACCACCACCACCACCAUCAUCAUCACUACCGUCAGGAGCGCUCCCGUUCGCCGGUGGCCAGAAGCCGUGGAGGAGCCGAGCCUUCUGUUGUCAAGACGGAAGCGGCCGGCAGGUUGAAUAAAUCAUCAACAACUCCUCCGCCGUCACCGUUGCUGGCCUCGACGGCGAUCCGUCCGGCCGAUCCAACCGACACUUUGACUCAAGUUGUCCGGAUCAAGUCGGAGGAGCCAGACACAACAAGAGUCGAAGAAGAAGAGAAAGGUGACAGGGCGACUCAAGUAGUAAAAGUAGAAGUAGUAGCCCAAGAAGAAGAAGAAGAAGAAGGAGGAGAAGAACAAGUCGAGUACGAAGAAGAAGGCAUCCAGGAAGUCGACAUUGAAUUGGGAAGUGGAUCGGAUGACGACGCGCAUUCCCCAUCUUCCCGCUACUAGUAAUCCUAACAGACAACAACAAUCAAACAACUGCCUCUGCUCCCACCACCUCUCGACUGUCAUCAACUUUUCUUUCCUGUUUGGUUUCCAUCAACGUGCAACUGUACGUAACACUUUUGGCCAAAUUAUUGGAGAAAUAAACGCCAACUAUCUCGGUGGAGGGAGGAUAACAAAAUAUAAUAAUAAUAAUCAUAAUUCCGGUUCGACUGCGCAGCCAUUCAUCAUUUCAAAUGAAUAUUCAAAGGUCGUCCAUCAUGUGUCGUCGGCGAAGCCCCGAAAGCGUUGCAAAAGGACAGUCGAGGUAGAAGCGGUAGCCAAAAUAUAUAAAAGACAAGCAAAAAGCAAAUCGAAUGAGUGUCGGAAGAAGACGAAGAAGAAGAAAAGUCAAAGUACAGACGUCGUUGAAAUGGUUCCAGACUUGAUGGAAUUGGGUCCCGAUCGAUGAGGAGCUGCUGAAGGCAAAAAGGCAAGAGAGAGAAGAUAACGGCCAAGAUAAGACGGGCCGACGCUUCAAGGAAAUAGGAGAAGCAAAAGAGAGUUGAAGAGAGAGAGAGAGAGAAGAACCAAGUCGAACGUGAUUCAUUAGUCAAUGAAGAGGGCCAAAUUAAUGAGAUCCGGACAGCACAGUACGCCCUGCUGCGCUUUCGACGAGCCUGGAAAUGUUCAUCUUACCUUUCACAAUUCUUUUUCUUUAUAUCCAUUUUGGUUUUUGUUUUCGGGUUUUUGUUUUUUCUUUUUCUCUUUCCUCGUCCGAAAUCUCAGACUGUGGACGUGAUGAUGAUGACGACGAUGCACCAGACCUUUGCUAAUGAUGACACUUUCCUCUUUGUCUCGGCCGCAGAAGAAACAAAACAAAAAAAGCGAAAUAAAAUAUAAAAACGAAAAAAAAAAAAAAAAUAAUCCUCAUUUUCUUCGUGUGUAUAUUCUUUUUCCUCUCUCUUGUUGUCCGGCCGUCUCAUUAGACCCAUCGAUGCGUUCUAGUUAUGACUCGUCGGCUGGCCCAGUAGACAGCUUGUGCGUCUCCAGUGUCCGGCAUUCGAUGGGCUCGCACGAAAAAAAAGGGAAAAUCCUCUUCAUCUAAGCUCAUUUGUUCUUCUUCAUAAUUAAACCCCCUCCCUUCGUUCCGUGUGUGUGUGUGUGGACGACAGAGUUCCAACUGGCCCUCUUUUGUUAGCGACAACUAUAACGGGAGGAGGCGGUACCAAAAGUGUCCUGUUUCUCGCCGCUUUUAAUGAUCCAACGUGUUGUUGUUCCUCGGCAAAGCCCCCUCCCCCUCUUUUUUUUCAGUGGUGCGUUGCGUAACACUGCUCCGUGUAUACCUAUCGACGGUCGUGACGUGACAUGAUGUCGAAAAUAUAAAAAAGUCCUUGGAUUCAGCCGGGAAAAAAAAAAAUACUUUAUUCCGAGAAUUAUUCUUAAUGCGGUUCGUAUAGGAUGAGAAUACUCGAGUAUUGUGCAAAUGAUUCAGUGAAUUCAACAUGUCUUUAGAAUAGUAAAUAGUAGAUUUUUAAAUGACUAUUAUGGCAGGUAUUUUAGAUUUGCAUCGCCUUCUAUUGCGACAUUUUAAUCCCGCAUUUUUUUAUAUGACGAUUACGUGAUUACGUUACGCUACGUGUGCUGCCAUCUUGGUGGCGAUUUUGAGAAUAUGAAACGCACGCGGUGGUUGGGAAAGGCUUCAUUGUCCGUUGUUUUGUUGUAAAAAUAGAAUUUGAAAAUAUCGGUUUGCAGAAAGUAGAGUCUAGUAACUAGUUAGUAGUUUUAUACUCUUCGUCUUUUCAUCAUUUAGUUGUCUUUAAUUUCAUUUGAUCAGCAUUUGAAAUUUUCUUCAUCUGCUUUUGUCAUGUCGUUUAAC